CACUCUCUAAGCGUUCAAUAAAUUAUAAAUACUCGGAUGUACAUUCACAUGGACUCUCAUAUAUAAAACACGCUCCAUGUAGCUCAAACUACGCACAACUGAUAAGCGUGAAUUUUACAAACUUGCACAUGUGGCGAUAAUACAACUACAACUACAACUAUAUACUAAAAUACUACCAGCAGCUUGAGUCGGCGGCAUCUCAAUAGAAAAUCAGCAUCAAGUUCAAAUUGUUUCUAAAAAUAGUGUGUGACACUUAUCGCAUAGAGUUUUCUCCUACAUCAACGACAUCAGCAUUAACAUCAACAUCAUCAUCAACAUCAUCAUCAUCGUUAUAGAAAAAUGGCUGAUUACAAUAAUAAGUUGCUGAUGAAUGUUUUACUUGUGGCAAGCUGUGUGGCAACCGCCUACGCCGUAUCGAGCACGUGGGGCAACAUCUCGAACUCGGCUCAACUGUUGCAUGCGGAAAAUGUCGUGAAUGCCUCAUCGCCGGGCAAAUAUGCCCAUCAUGAAAUUAAAUAUCCGAAAAAUGGCAUUGGUAAUGGGCGUAUCAUUACGGGAAUCCGGGCAUUCGACCAGGUGACAAACAACACGGGCGGCCAUGCGACAAUUUACUCUGGAGGUCCCGGUUUCAAUUUUGUCCACAUCAAGCUGCAAUCACAAUACAAUUAUGGAUUAAUAUUCCGAGUUGAAAUCUAUGGAAAAUAAUUAACUAAAUUAUCAAUAUCGAAACUUAAAAAGUGAAACUCUAAAAGCAAAAGCAAACAAACACAUAAGCAGAAUAUAAAUAUAAAAUAAAUGUCAAAUAUAAGUAUUUAAUGUACAUUUAUUUUACUUGUAAGAAUUAUUUUACUAUAAAACAAUAUCCCUAUCCAUUCAACAAAUUAUUGUAUCGUGACCCAAUAAAGAUCAAGAAACUAGAA